AUGGGUUAUUCAAUGCCGACACGAUUUUUAUUACUGGUAAUAUUUUUAAUCUAUCUAUCUACCUCAAUCUGCUCAUAUCUAUCUAUCUAUCUAUCUAUCUAUCUAUCUAUCUCAAUCAGCUCAUAUCUAUCUAUCUAUCUAUCUAUCUAUCUAUCUAUCUAUAUCAGUAUAUAUUGGUUUGUUUUACCGCAUAUCAACUUCAAUGGGUUAUUUAAUGCCGACACGAUUUUUAUUGCUGGUAAUAUUUUUAAUCUAUCUAUCUAUCUAUCUCAAUCUGCUCAUAUCUAUCUAUCUAUCUAUCUAUCUAUCUAUCUAUCUAUCUAUCUAUCUAUCUCAAUCAGCUCAUAUCUAUCUAUCUAUCUAUCUAUCUAUCUAUCUAUCUAUCACAGUCUCGUCUCUGUAUUGUCUCUCUAUCUCAGUCUUUCUGUUUAUUAUCUAUCAAUUUACCUAUCACCACCCCUGGUUAUUAUCUAUCUAUCUAUCUAUCUAUGCUAA